AUGAGCAUCAAUGCAAUGGCGCAGCAGUCUGUUGUUGGAACUGUUGCAAAGUGCACGGAAGCAGCACAGAUAGAGGAUCACUGGUCGCACAUCUCUUGCGACCUUUUGGACCGCGUCUGCGAUGCGUACGAAAGCCACAAUGGCAGCCGUGAGCCGUUCAUCAAAGUUGUCAGGCUGCUCAAUGUACAUUGGUGUCAAUGGGGCACAAAGGCGGUCACCUUCCUCUCGCCAAAGUCUGUGGCCCUGGAGGUUGUCUUGCAGUCCCUGAGAAACCGCUUCGUCUCUGUGCGCGCCAUCAAGCUGUCUGGCUGCCGUGGCGUCAACGACGAGGGCCUGGCCGCCCUCGCCAGCGCGUCCUCCCUGACCCACGUGGACCUGGCGCGGUGCCGGGACUUCUCCAACGCCGGCCUCACACAGCUCUCCUCGCUGGCCCUCCUGGAGCACCUCAACCUGGCGCGCUGCGAGCAGGUCUCCAACGAGGGCCUGAAGGGUCUGACGUCCCUCGAGCACCUGGCCUACGUGAAUCUGCGUGGCUGCAGGAAGGUGACCAACAGCGGCGUGGUGUGCUUUGCGGGCUGUAACAGCCUGCAGCAACUCAACCUGGAGUCCUGCGCGGGGGUCACCAACGUGGGCCUGUCCUUCCUCACCCACCUCAACCCAACCUUGGAGCACCUGAACCUCAUGUCCUGCGACCUGGUCACCGACGAGGGCCUCGCGUGCCUCUCCAGCCUGACCACCCUCCGCCACCUCAACGUGGGCCUAAGGGCCCGGGUGACGGACGAGGGGGUGCGCCACCUCACCGGCCUGACGUGCCUGAGGUGCCUGAGGCUGUAUGAGUGCAAGGACCUGACGGCGGACGGCGUGGCGUGCCUGGCGGCCUUCUCGGGGCUGGAGCACCUGAGCCUGCGACGGUGCGGGCAGGUGGCGGACUCCUGGCUCCCGGCGCUGACCGCCCUGUCGUCCCUGAAGCAUCUCAACCUGUCGCGCUGCCGCCGGCUGACGGACGAAGGCCUGUGGACGCUCACAGCGCUGACAGGCCUCAUCCACCUGGACCUGCACCGCUGCGACCGGGUCAGCGACGCUGGCCUGCGCCCCGUGGCAUGCCUCGCUGCCCUGGAGCACCUCAACCUGGGCGGCUGCGUGGAGAUCAGGGACGGGGGCCUGGCCUGCCUGGCGGUGCUCUCCGGGCUGCGCCACCUCAACCUGCGGGGCUGCGCGCGCCUCACAGACGAGGGACUGGUGAGCUUGGCCCUGCUGCCCUCCCUGGAGCACCUGAAGCUGAGGGGCUGCGCCCAGCUGGGCAACCGGGGGCUCAAGAGCCUGACGAGGCUCACCAGGCUGCGGUACCUGGACCUGCACGGCUGCGCGAAGAUCACGGACGAUGGUGCAAGGACCCUGGUGGCCGGUCUGGCUUCCCUGGACCAGGUGGUCAUGGGCGGGCGGGGGGAGGGCCGCACUGGCGGGCUGAGGGGGCCCCUGGUGCUCGUGAAGGGGUCCCUGGGGCUGGGCAUCUCCGUGGUGGCAAUCGCCGUCACGCUGACCCUGCUGUCAUGCUGGAGGCGUGCAAGGUAG